UCUCCUGCCUCCCGCUAAGCUCUGGGUGUCUGAGCUGCGCUGCUGCUGCCCAGGCGAAGCGGGAGUCCCCAGGCGAACGCUGUGCUGUAGCUGCUAGAGCGUCUGGGCUUCAGCGGGGUGAGCAAGGCGGGCUAGGUCCUGCAAGUAACCCCCCCCCCCCCCCAGCUCGCAGCAGCGGCUUACAGCUGCAGGAGUGGGAGCUCCCUUAACCCUUUCACGGCUCCCCUUGGCUGGAGAGAAGCGGCGAAUGAAGUGAGGAUGAUUAUCCGGGUGUUCAUCGCAUCCUCCUCCUGCUCGGUGGCGAUAAAGAAGAGGCAGCAAGAUGUGGUACGAUUUCUGGAAGCCAACAGGAUAGAUUUUGAAGAGGUGGAUAUCACAAUGUCGGAGGAACAAAGACAAUGGAUGUAUAAAAAUAUUCCUGAGGAAAGACAGCCUGCGCAGGGCAAUCCACUGCCACCCCAGAUAUUUAAUGAUGAUCAGUACUGUGGAGAUUAUGAUUGCUUUUUUGAAGCAAAGGAAAACAACACGGUCUUCUCCUUUCUAGGGCUGAAACCUAGGUUGGCAUCAAAGGAGUCAGAACCCUAGAAAAAUUCUUUGAAGAUUCAACAAGCACAUCUGGAUGAAAAACCUUGUUCAGCACAUGACUGCUUUCCUAAUGGAUCACUGUGAUAAAAAGCCAAUGCGAAUCAUCAAUAUUUUGCUUGCCAUGGAAGAGGUGCUUUCCAAAGGUGUGAAAUUAAUGUGUACACAAAAUGGGAUAAAGGGUGAGAUGAUACUCCUUUUUUAAAAAAAAUGCCCACUCUUGAUGUUUCACAUUUGUCUAUGGAUUACAUUUUCACUGGCUUUGGUAUUCUAGCAAAUAAUCUGUUUAAUUCCAGGAUGUUGAGGAAUGGAAGUGUAAAAUCUGUAUGGUCAUGGAAGGGGAUCUGGCAAGAAUGUGAAUCCUUUAUAAGUCUUCAGCUACUGCAGUCUGGAUAAAAUUAGUUUAUCAUGACAGUUAUAGUUUUGAUGGUUAAUAGAAAGUGGUGCUAGUUAUGAUACAGAAGAUGAAAAACAGCAUGAAGAACUUGGUUUAUGCCAAAAACUGCAGAUUUCUGCUCAGUAUAUUUACUGUGCUGUCUAUGCUAGAACAUGUUUAUUGCAAUAUAUGUGGGCUACUAAGCUCUCUCAUAAAAAAUUCACAUUACGAUUGGCUGUUAAAAACAGUGGUUAAUGGGGAGGGGAGAGAACUCAAACUGAUGCUGUCUUGACAUCUAUGGGUUCCCCAAACACACACACACUGCAAUAAAAUUGGUCUGUUGAUGUGUUUGAAAACAAUUGUUUUGUUGGCAAGUACACUUUAACAUGUGAGGUGCGUGUCAAACUUGUGCGUAUAGCAGUUGAAAAGACAUCAUACAAAGCCAUUACAUAAUAUCAGUUAUUUGGGUAUGACUUUCCACCUCAAAUUUUAGAGCUCAUCAUUUGGCUGUUUUAAAAGAUUUCCAAAGUUAUGGGGCUAAUUCUGCUUCCCUUAAUCACUUUCAAUAGAAUUCAACUCCACCAUUAGCCCCAUUGAUGUUGGUAGAACUACUUCUAGAGGUAGGGCUCGAUCUUGCAAAUAACUUAAACACAGCAGUUGUCCUCAUGAUUUGAAGGUGAAAUCUGUUAGACAAUGGGAUUGCUCACAUGCUUAAAGUAAAGCUUGUGUAUAAAUGCUUUGCUGGAUAAGGCCACAGUAUCUGACCCCUUGCAUCAGUUACUAUUCAGUGUGAAUAAGGGAAGCAGAUACUGCCCUGGGGAUUACCCUGAUGUAGCAGAGCCCAGUUUGGCCAUGUAUGACUUAACUAUUUUUAAAAAAUUGAAAUUUUGAGAGUAGACUGUUUAGCAAAUGGAUUGUCUGUAAUCUAGUCUAAUUGCGUUUAGCAAUGGGAAUCCCUUUGCCCUGUUAAAAUAACAGCUAUUGAACUUCAUAAAUGUAGCUUCUGCUCAACUACGGCAGCUUUCUUCCAAAACAAUUUGAUGGUCAUUUGACUGUGCUAUUCCAGUAAGUAUUCUGGCUUUGCUGGGCAAAUGGCAUAUGGCCGCUAAGUGUGGGGGGCAGCUUUCCUGCAGUCACCGGAAUGCCUGGGCUAUAUUUGGUGGUGGCUAAGACUCAGGUCAGAUGUGAAUAGAGGCACAGGGAUAAUUCUGCAGGACUGACAUCCAUAGCUCUGUCAACUGUUACUGCUUUGUGAAGAGAGGUGAUUUCCCUUCACUUACUUAGCAUUGUCUCAGUUUACACAUACUCCACUGAGAACUCUGCUGGCUGUGUUUGUAUUAAGAAGAAAAUGCUAAAAAUUACAUGAGUGGAAUUUUGUGAACCGAAUUCUGCUUUUGAUCUUCUCAUGCUGCUCCUAUUGAAGUAAAAGGAGCCACACUCAUACACUGAGCAGAAUUUGGUUCUGUCGUUAUUUUCAUCAGCCCCUGCUCUGGAUUCCUCUCCUGGGGGAGCUAUAGCCAAGGUUUUCAAAUAGAAAUAUAUUUUUUAAAAUAGUAAUAUGUUGCCUAUGAUAAAAGUUGUGUUCAUAGUUUUAUAAUCACAUAUUUUAUGGCGUCUUAACUUCACUGUACAAAUGGAUUUGGCAAAUCGGAUCUGAGCCAGAGAUCCAUUUUGUUAAAGUUAACAAAAUUCUGGACAACUGUUAAUCUGAGUGCAAGAAAUUGUCAUCCCCUUGCAGUGUUAAGUAAAUGAAAUUUACAUAGUUGCACAGUAAAACAGAGAGAAGCCAUCCUGGAUUAUGCACAUACUUGAUUUGUUGUACAUUCAGAGAAUUAUGUAAGGUCCCAAUUCUGAGGAAGUUUAUGCAUAUGAUUAAUAUCAUUGGGUGAAAUCCCAGCCCCAUUAAAGUCAAUAACAAAACUUCUGUUGAUUUCACUGAGGCCAGAAUUUCACUCAUUGAGUUUAACAGAACUCCUCCUGUGUUUAAAUGUCCACAUGUUUUAGGUCUAAAAUUAUAAUUGAACAGAAAACCAGUAUCAUUAUUACUGUUAGGUAAAAGGGCUUCUUUAAAAAGAUUAGUUGUGGACACUGUUUAUCUGGAAGACAAGAAUAACUCCAAAAAUGUCCAUUUUGCUUGCACAUAUUGGCAUUAUAAACCCAUUUAGAGAAGUAAUUUUCUUUUGAUCUUUUUUAAAGCUGUAAGUUGCUUGAAUUUGAGCUUUUUCACUGAGUUAAAGCCUUAUUUUUUUAAUUAUUAUGUAGCCUUUUAGUUUGUUACAAAAAUUGACCUGGAUUUCUUUUUAAUCAGUUUUAUAGUUAUGAAAUUUGUUAAAAACUAAUUAGUUUUAACUGGAAAGCUUUGUUGAAGGUAGAUGCAGUAGCUGAAACAAAUGCCAAGUUUAUUAAUUUUUUAAAAUAGCAUAAAAAGUUACAUCAAAGAAACAAUGGGCUAGAAUCUGACCCGAUGCCAGUAGUUACCCCAGUUUAAACACAGGCAGAAAAUCAAAAUCAGGUCUAAUGCAAAUUAAACCUCAAAACUGUGUAUACAGCUAAAGCUGCCAUUAAAUAAAUGGGAAUUUGGUUUUGCAAGGAAUGUAAGCUCAGGCUUUAAAGUCCAAUUCUAUCCGCCAACGUGUGUGAAUGAUUCCUGUACACUUCAGUGACAGACUCUGUGUAUGCACCAAGGCAAGAAUCUGGCCCUUACAAUGAACCAUUAGAGAUCCCUUUUGCUUUGGCUACCUUGUAAAAACUCAAUGCCAUCCACUUCACUAGCUAUCACUUACUACAAGAACUGUAAUCAAGAGAAAAUGUUUGAAUUGGGAGGGUGUGCACACAGCCACUGUACCAGUGGUUUUAGUAGGUAUGUUUGUUGUAUUGUAACAAAUGAGAGGUGCCACAAAGCACUGGAGAGUGUCUUGGCUGAAGUAGGACUGUUACUACAGAAGCUUAUUUUAUAUAUAUAUAUAUAAAAAUAAGUGUGUGUGU